CCCGCCCCGCCUGUCCCGGGACUGGCGGGGCCGGGGAGCCCAGUGCCCAAGUCGCCCCGGGGUGGCAGUUCCCGUUAACCUUAACCACAAAGUCAAGACGGCAGAGCUGGUGCUCCGGAGGCCUCCGUGAAUGCCAGCGGCCUGCUGGCGCGAGCACAGUUCCGCAAGGACGAUGUUGAAGAGUGGCAGCGAUGGUGAGCGUCAUCUUCUCUCUAACUUGGCAGGAGAUGGGCCUGUGAUGAAGAUCAAGCAAGAGAAGCCCGAGCGGCUGGUGCCGCAGGCCGUGCUUUCCGAGAAGGAUAAGGAAAACAUCUUCCAGCAGCAGCAUCGGAGCCUCCCGCCAUGCCAGACCGCUGGGAAGCCUCGGGCCUUGGGGGGACAGGAGGAGACUGGGGGUCCGAGGUGGGCCCCUCUCCCUGAGCAGGCCGGGGAGCUGGCGGGCCGGGCUCUCUCCGCCGGCGAGGCUCACUUCGUGUGCCUGGACUGCGGGAAGCGGUUCAGCUGGUGGUCGUCCCUGAAGAUCCACCAGCGCACCCACACCGGGGAGAAGCCGUACCUGUGCGGCAAGUGCGGCAAGAGCUUCAGCCAGAAGCCCAACCUGGCGCGCCACCAGCGCCACCACACGGGCGAGCGGCCCUUCUGCUGCCCCGAGUGCGCCCGGCGCUUCAGCCAGAAGCAGCACCUGCUCAAGCACCAGAAGACCCACGCGCGGCCCGCCACCCACUCGUGUCCCGAGUGCGCGCGCUGCUUCCGCCACCAGGUGGGCCUCCGCAUCCACCAGCGCGCGCACGCCCGGGACCGGCAGGGCGCCCGCGCGGGGCUGCAGGACUUGCUGCGGGCCGCCGCCGCCCGCAGGGGCUGUCGCCUGCGGCCCGGGCCGCCGCGGGGCCGCCCCGAGUGGGCCUGGCUGGGACUCUGCCAGGGCUGGUGGCGCCAGGCUGAGGCCCGGGCCGCAGUCGCCGCCGCCGCGGGGCCCGGCGAGCCGCGCCAGUUCAUCUGCAACGAGUGCGGCAAGAGCUUCACGUGGUGGUCGUCCCUGAACAUCCACCAGCGCAUCCACACGGGCGAGCGGCCCUACCCGUGCCCCGAGUGCGGCCGCCGCUUCAGCCAGAAGCCCAACCUGACGCGGCACCUGCGCAACCACACGGGCGAGCGGCCCUACCCGUGCCCCGAGUGCGGCCGCCGCUUCAGCCAGAAGCCCAACCUGACGCGGCACCGGCGCAACCACACGGGCGAGCGGCCCUACCCGUGCACAGAGUGCGGCCGCAGCUUCAGCCAGAAGCAAAACCUGACGAGAAACCGGCGCAACCACACGGGCGAGCGGCCCUACCUGUGCGCGGCGUGCGGCCGCGGCUUCAGCCAGAAGCAGCACCUGCUCAAGCACCAGCGCACGCACCGCGGGGCCCUGGCGCCCGCCCCCGGCGCCCAGGACCAGGCGCUGUAGCGCGCCGCGGACCCGAGCGGACUCGCGGUGGGGGCGGGAGGGGAUGUCUGUGGCGGUGCGCGUGGCCAGGAACGGUGGCUUCUGCAACCCCGGGGGGUAAACCCUCGUCCAAAGGCGAUUUCCUCGAGGCUAGAGAAAAGAAUUCCAGAAGCAUCCCAAAGGGGGCAGGUAAAGGUCCAAGUGUGGGCUCAGGGAGGACGUAGGAUGAAACAUCCUCACUCUGGAGCCCGGAUGUGCCCGUCGGUCCGUCGGAGGUGGGACCCCAGGCCGCACGCACCCGGGGAGGGGGCUGUCAGGGCUCUGGGAGAGGCUCCCUGGUGUGAAAUGGCCCAGGGCUGGACUUGAUCAGCUGUAGCAGCAGCCGGUCACGUGCAGGCUGCGGGAUGGCCAGGGGCCAGUCUAGUGGGGGAAUUUUAACAGACCGAUAGCAAGGACAGAAGCCAACAGUCGUGGCUGAGGAGGCGCAAGAGCAGUUUCAAUGCCAAGGGCAGUGCCCGGCACUUAAUGGCUAUUCAGUACAUGUAUUUGGAAGGACCGAAUGGUUCCGCGGCCCUUCCCAACCGUGAGUGCCCCAAAACCCAGAGUGCUGUCACAGUGGGCUGGACAUUGGGACUGGUAUGUGUGUGGUGGCCGGACUGGGGUAGGAGAGGGGUGGUGGCGUCUGAGGUUCAGUAGCUUGGGGAGGGGCCCCCAGCAGGAAGGAAGCACGUGUGGCGCCCGCCAGUGGCCGGCCCCGACUUGGCUCUUCCUCAAUGUCAGUGUUGCAGAAGAGAAAAAAUGAAGAAUGGACGGUCUCA